AUGGAUAGAAGAGAUUGGAGACGAGAGCUCGUGAGGCCGACGCACCGUGACUUUUUAGCAGAGAUGGAUUUCGAAGGAUCCUCCAUGGCUAUGCCUAUGGACGUCGAUGAUGAUGACUUGGACUCCGUUGAUACGUUUGGCCAUGGAGGAGGAUUUUUCUCUUCUUCCGGGAGGAAGCCCGUAGACUCCGAUUUCUUCAAUCGCUUCCAAGAUGAUUUCGAUGAUUCCGAUAUCAACUGA